AUGUCCAGCCCGCCCGCGUUGAGCUAUCCAGGGGCCAGCAGUAAUCAGUCGUAUCUCGCCCUGGGCAUGGAGAUGCCCAUAAUAGCCACCGCAGGCGCUGGCUCCACCGACAGCGCAGAGCUCAUCUUCGUCUCGCCAGAGUCCUAUCUGCUUUUCGUCCAGCAGGGCAUGACGCUGGACGGCUCCACCCAGCUGAACAUGAGCGGCGGCCUGCUGAGCUCCGCCGCCGACCCCUUCGUCUCGUUCGAGGAGCCGACCGGGCUCUUCUCCUCCAUCUCAUCCGCCACGUCGGGCUCGUCCUCAGGCUCAUCCUCAUCAGACAUGCGCCUCCUCGCAGUCCUGCUCUACAGCCCGCCCACUGCCCAGCCUGGAACACCCGCCUUCAACUGGACCGCCUGGGCCGCGGACAUGAGCGCCAACCCAUCGUUGCGCAUGGAUUUUGACGUCCAGGACUUUGCGAGCCGCUCGGGGCUCGGCGAGCCCGUCGCCGCCGAGGUGCUGGUCGUCCAGGACGAGGUUACUACCCCCACCGACAACCCGGACGAUAACUCGCAGAGCCUGGUCCCUGUCAGCACCAUUAUCCCAGCCAAUGGGCAGGCGGAGUCUGGUGCCAGCGCCAGCGCCAGCGCGAGUGCCAGCGCGAGUGCCACGGGGGCUGGCGCCGCCGGUGCCACAAGUGCUGGGCAGUCGGGCGCGGCGGCGGCCGUCACUGGUGCUGCCGCAUCCGGUGCGGCCAAUGGCAGCCCUUCUGGUCUCGGUAUGAUGGGUCCCGGCGGCAUGGCGACGGGCGGCGCUGGCGGAUCCAGUCCGAGUAGUUCAGCCGCUGGGGCAAGUGGGACAGGUGCAGCUGCGGCUGACUCGGCAGGUCAGUCUGGCUCCGAGUCGAACGCCAGUAACGGUGAUGGCGCCAGCCCAAGCGCCUCCGCAGCAGGAGGAAACGGGGCCGAUGGGGCCGAGGGUGCUGGGGGUGCCAAGAACGGCGAGGGCAGUGGCGCCGGGGCAGGAGGAGAAGGGAGUGAUACCGAGCAAGGCGGGGAAGGGAGCGGCGCUGAAAACGGACAAGGAGGCGAUACUGAGAAGUCGGGAGCAGGCGGCGCCGGGGCGGGACAACAGGGUGAUGAUAACAAGGGAGAAGGGAGCGGCGCUGCAGAGGAAGGAAAAGACGGCAGUGGCGCCGCGGCGGGAUCUAAUAAGGGCGAAGGAAAAGGUAAGGGCGAGGGCUCUCAGGGCGAGGGCUCCUACGGAGAGGGCGCUCAGGCAGGAGGACAAGGCGAUGCCGAGAAGGGAGAAGGAGGUGGCGCUGGGGGUAAUAAAGACGGAGGAAAAGGCGCAGCUGGAGGGGCAGGCGCCGACGGCGCCGACGGUGAAGACGGAUGUGACGCGGAAGACGAACAGGGUUCCGGGGCGGCAGGCGAAGCCGGCGCGAGCCCGUCUGCCGCGGCAUCCGGCAGCAACAGCACCAUGGCGUCCGCAACGGGCGGAGGAGGCGGCAUGUCAGGUGAAGGGAACAAGAACGGCCUCCCGCUCAUGGGCACCGGGGCGGCGAGCCCAGCAGGCAUGGCUAUGGCCUCCUCGGCCGGCGGCAAGAUGGACUCCGCUUCAGCGCCCGAGAUGACGGCGGCGGCGGGCAUGGGUGACGAGGAAGACGACGACCUCUUCACGAUCGGGUUCGACGUCGACGGCAAGUUCGGGACGACCAUCACCGCCGAGCUGCCGUUCCGGGCCGCCCGCCGUACCGCCGCCGCGCAGGAGGGCGGCUGGACCAUGACGCUCAAGACGGACGCGAGGCUCGCUCUGGGCGGCCUGAUGCAAGCCACCGCCGUGUCGGCGAGCAACCCGGCACUUGAGACUGGCUUGUCCACCAUGACGACGACGACGACGACGUCCUCCAGUAAGGGUGCACCGGCCGCUGCCACGGCGUCAGCCUCGAGUGCUGCCUCGGCCUCGACGAGCCUGUCCUCGACCGUCUGCCCAUCCUCGGGGCUCCGCGUCUUUGGUCUGGCCUCUGUUUCGUUGCUUGUGUUAAUGUUAGUGUGA